AUAACAGUAAAUAUAAAUCACACACUUCUCUCUCCCCCUCUUUCCCUUCUUCAUCUUCUACCUGUAGGAUUGACUAUCGUAGACUUGCGCCAAGAUUGAACUGCCAUGAGAUUUCUCCGUAAGAUCGCUGGAUUCUUAGGGUUUCCAAAGGACGAAUCCCACGACGACGCCAAGGAAGUGAACCACAAUAAUGCCGCUGAUCAUACAGAUUUCAACAAUAGAGUUCAAACCAAUCUUCCUCGUAGGGGGUUUAGCGUUCCCGUUCAGGUUCCCGUCGAUCGACCUCAAAUAGGCCCUGUUUUAGUCCCCUGCAAUGUUGGCGACGGCGGUGUUCAGGGAUUAAAAUGGUAUGCCAAACAACUCAAGAUAGAUGAAGAUGGCGAUGUUGCAGAUGAAUUCAUCGAAGAAAUGGUAGUUCGAGACCAGCAACAGUUGCAACAACAACUGCCAAUGCCGAGGUUUCAAGUGAAGCAUGUUGCUAGACAUGCAAAGGUAAAAAACCAAGCUAUGUCCUUAGAUGGGAAAAUCCGACAUAAUGUAGAAUUUCAAGGAAGAUUGCAAUGGGUGUAAAGGGCAAUAAAUAGUAAAACCCGAUUAAUGGGUAGCGAAAGAGUGUUAAAGUUCAUCUCAAUUGGCUCCCAUGUUAGUUAAAGUAAUGCACGUUUAUUCGGUUAGCAUAUUUGUGAGAUUCCAAAUCUAUACUGUUUGAAAAUGAUGGAAUAUGCUUUUCUCAUGUAAAAUGCUGGAAUAGAUACUAAUUGGAUGAGUAUUAUUUCUAUUUUUUUCAAG